AUGCCUAGAGCCGACGGCGAGCGCAAGCUCAUUAUUACGCGAGCCCUGUUGGGCCGUGCCUAUGCCCAUCCUUCGCCUCCUUUCGGGGCGCUGGCUCCCCCGCUGCUGCCCGAUGCACCCAACAACGAGCGUGAGGCCACUGAUCUCGCCUCGCAGUCGACGACGUGCGCUUGGGCAAUCAAGUCCACCUGUCCUUGCAACUGUCAUCGAGAACUACUGGCCAAAGAUCCACAAGAGGCGCUGCAGCUGUUGACCAGUUGGGACCCACAACGUAUACGAGAUGCCGCCCAAUACAAAGGUUGGGGUGGCUGGACACCACUGCACGAGGCCUGCAUUAUGGGUCAUGUCAAGGUGGUGGAGAUGCUGUUAAAGCACGGUGUUGAUACUGAAGCCAAGGACUGGAUAGGCCAAACGCCCCUCGUUGUCGGACGUGGACAAGGGCAUGGCGUCAAGCUGGAGCCCGUGUUUGCUGCUCACGAGGCUCGCCUAUCACAACCACCCGCACCACUCGCUCCGCCCACGCCGGCACCGCCUUCCGCCUGGCUACCGCCUCUGCCCACCACCCCCACCCUCGAGGUGAGCCUGCUCCCCCAUCUUGUUUUCCCCAAUGCAUUUACUACCCCAAUUCCUACGGCCUCAUCCAACCUAAUCACGACCAAUGGCACCACACAACCCUCCAUUAGACCACGGCCUCUGUUGUGGUGGCGGUGGACAAGUGGUUCAAGCCGCUCUUGCCCACGCACCACCACCCAUCCCCUCCCCCACCUCGAUGCCUUUAUCAGCGGUGCCGCCAAGCAAAACCCCAAUCUUGCAACGGCGGUUGCUUCAAUCCGCAAAACCAUCGAUGAAGCCCCACCAGAGUUUCCUGCCAUGGACUGGCCUGCCUUCCAGGCGACCAUUACCCAGGCUCUGAACGCACUCGACCAGGCACUGGCAGCGCCCAAAGCGUUGAACAGCCGCUUGGGUCAAUUGGACCCCAACACUGACAGCCUAGAAUCAGUGCUCCAAGAGCUGCAUGAUAUCACAGCUGGGUUUGAGCUGCAGCCAGCUUUUCUCGAGCUUCAGACCGUGCUGGCAGCAUGCCCAGCUCCACCCACCACGCCAGUGAUCGCGCCCAAAACGACACCCACCGACCUGGCGGCGGCCCUGAGCAAAGUCAUCGUUCUGAGCGGCGUGGAACCCAAACGUCAGGAGCUGCUCACCAGCGCCAACAGCAACCUCAAGCGCCUCGUGCUGGCCUUGAUCGAUGCUCUGGGCGCCGUGGCAAGAGCGGGAACCACCGACACAAUUCAUCGCGUGGAGACGCUACGGCAGUGCGCGCAAUGCGUGGAUGCAAGUGCACCGCCGCCAGCCGAGACAUUGCCCGAGGCUUGGGAGCAGCUGUGCCAAGCGCACAAGAAGCUGAGCCUGCUCGAGCAGAAUGGUCUCGAGCAAAUUGCUCAGUGGCAACCACCUACAGACUACGAGCAUCGGGAUUGGUACUUGGCGUUUGUGCACCACGAGUCGCAAGCUCUGCUGCAGCAGUUACAAGACAUGAUCGACUGGCAGGCCACGACGCUCUCCGUGUUGACCUCGUGCAUGAGUCACGUGGACAGCUUAAACCAAGGCGUCGAUGAUGAAUCGGUUGCUGCCAACGAGGAACUAACCAAGGUGGAGACUGAGAUUCAAGGUAUCAGCGCGGCAUUGCAGCUGGUGCCUGAAACUGUUCGGUCUGGUCUCGAGCAGGAACUCAAAAAGCUAGAAAAGCGACGCGCCAUUUUGCGACAACAAUUAUCAGAUCAGCCACACGUGGACCACGUCGCAGAGCUCGCCCAGCUGCUGCACCAACACUUCCCAGCACUGCUGGUCUUUCUGUACCCUGAACAAAGCACGCUGGGAGCGCGGCUCCGCACAGUGCUUGGCCCCGACCUUCCAGCCAGCCUCAUCUUGGAGGCCAUGACCGAAGUAGACCAGGGUUUGACGCUAUCCAGCUUGGGCCAGCUUGAUCUUCAAUACAACCAAAACCACAUGGUGUACAAGGCCCGUGCCGCGCUUCCAGAGAGCCCUGAACAAGAUUUGGCUGUCAAGGAGUAUGCUUUUGCUCGGCAACACAAGCAGGAUCAGUGUCGUACAUUUCUGCGUGAGCUCCGCGCCAUGCGCCAGCUUGAGCACCCACACAUCAUUCCGGUUCUUGGCGCGCUCGUGGACGUGCACAGUGGCCACCCCAGCGCCUACUUGGUGCAGCCGUGGUGUACACAGGGGGAUCUGCAGCAGUGGCUCGGCAAGGCGCGCCACCUGGCUACCUCAACCGUGAUGGCGAGUCUGAUGACUCAGCUGCGCACGGCCCUGGCGUUUAUGCAUAGCAAGGGCCUGGUGCACCGGGAUGUCAAGCUGAGCAACGUCAUGCUGGAUGGCGAGGAGGACCAACCUGUUGUGCGGCUCGGUGAUUUCGACAUUGCCAAGGCCGCUGCUGAAGCCACCAUGCUACCAUGCACGGCCACUGCAUCGUCGGGCACGGCAGGCUAUGUAGCACCGGAGGUGCUUUUCGGCCAGGGUCGUGUAGGUGCGCGUCCGGCACAGGAUGCCUUUUCCUUUGGCUGCGUUGUCUACAACACGUACAUGUAUCCACAAACGGUGCCACCAGCCCGUUUACCCACGGAUCAGCUUGUUGACAAAUGCACAUGGGAUUCGGUAGCAGGAAACGCAGAUUUCGGUUUUCCGCACUUGGCGGCUGAGAUGUGCGAUUCGUCGAGUGAUUUGUACAAGGAAACGCGGGCUUUGCUUGCAACAGAUCCGAAGCAACGGCCAAGCCUUUUCAGCGCCAAGCAGAUUUCGCAGCAGCUUGCCAUCGCCCAAGUUGGGCCAGCCAUUGAUGUCUUGCGCGACGCGCCCGAGCUCGUGUCAGAGGUGGGUGAGCUACUGAAGCAGCUGAACACCGGUGGGCGGGAACCAGCGAAUAUUGCAGUGCAACGGGUAGAGCGCGUGCACAACCCCGUGCUGUGGGAGCGCUACAGCGCCAAGCGACGAGAGAUGUUGCAUCGUAUCAAAAAUCAAGUGCACUAUGAUCAGCUCCAAACGGCCACAUCGGAUGCGCCCUCGGGCUCUCCAGCUCUGCUUCGCGAUACAUCCUGUCAAGAGCGCCUGUUGCUCCACGGCAUCGCCCCUGACACAAUGCUACGCGACAAGAUUGUGCGCCUGGGCCUUGACUAUCGCUUUGCCGGCAGCAGCGCUGGCCACCGAUUUGGUCUCGGUGUUUACUUGGCGGACCAUCCCGGCAAGAGUCAUCAGUAUGCCGGUGCUGGACCCAACGGCGAACGAAUGCUCGUCAUCACGCGAGCCCUGCUGGGUCAUGCCUUUGUCCACCCAUCACCUCCUUCUGGGGCGCUGGCGCCACCGCUCCUGCCAAAUGCGCCCAACAACGAGCGGUAUGACUCGGUUGUCGCGACACCCUCUGGGGAAUUCCAUGAGGUGGGUGAGCUACUGAAGCAGCUGAACACCGGUGGGCGGGGACCAGCGAAUAUCGCAGUGCAACGGGUAGAGCGCGUGCACAACCCCGUGCUGUGGGAGCGCUACAGCGCCAAGCGACGAGAGAUGUUGCAUCGUAUCAAAAAUCAAGUGCACUAUGAUCAGCUCCAAACGGCCACAUCGGAUGCGCCCUCGGGCUCUCCAGCUCUGCUUUGCGAUACAUCCUGUCAAGAGCGCCUGUUGCUCCACGGCAUCGCCCCUGACACAAUGCUACGCGACAAGAUUGUGCGCCUGGGCCUUGACUAUCGCUUUGCCGGCAACAGUGCCGGCCACCGAUUUGGUCUCGGUGUUUACUUGGCGGACCAUCCCGGCAAGAGUCAUCAGUAUGCCGGUGCCGGACCCAACGGCGAACGAAUGCUCGUCAUCACGCGAGCCCUGCUGGGUCAUGCCUUUGUCCACCCAUCACCUCCUUCUGGGGCGCUGGCACCACCGCUCCUGCCAAAUGCGCCCAACAACGAGCGGGAUAGCCGGGUCCUCAUCUGGACCACUGACUCGUACCAACAACUGCAUGAGCUGCACGGUCACAGUGAUGAAAGACCUGUUGCUUGCCUCAAACGCUCGAUCAGCCUGGCCUUAUUGCCAAACACGCAAAGGCCUAGGCGACGACAAGCACCUCGAAGGCCCACGAGGCACAGACGAAACCAGUCCAACACCGGCUUGGGCGUCUGCCGCACGUCGACGAAAUGCACACUUACGGUGACUGAGUGGUCGUGCAGAGUGCUCGAGCGUCAUGGGCCGUGUCUUGUUGGUAUCCGUUGCGAGUACGCGCGGUCUGAAUUUCAUUUGGGGUCGCAUCGUACGCAGUUCAGAACAGGGCCGGUGAGGAUGGACGACGGCAACGGCCGCUACCGGAAAAAAGCUUCAAGCGAAACGAAGCAUGAUCGAAAACAGGUUGGCCUUUAA